AUGCUGCUCUCCGGCAUUUUGGCACGAUCACGUGACCCGGAUGCAUGGGCUUCGAUCCUCGCGCUCUGGCCAAACCACCAGCCGUACAAGUCAGCAGAUGACCUCAAAGAGCAUGUCAGCUCCUUUCUCCAGCUAGUCGCGGUCCUGCCGCCGACUCUACUCCCAUUCGCGACGGCAGAAACCUGCCACAUGCUCGCCACACGUGACAGCAUGAACAGUUUCGGCAUCCGAUCAUUGGACGACGAUGGUGCUGAGUUCUUUGGGUACGGCGUAUGGACCAGCGCUAGCUACUUUAACCAUAGCUGCUCGCCGAACGUGGAGAAGAAGAGGGUGGGGCUAGCUUGGCACUUCACAGCGGGUAGGGACAUCUGCAAAGGCGAGGAGCUGUGCAUCACUUAUUUGAGCGGGGAGGAAAGAGCGCUGAACACGGAUGCUCGGAGGAGGCUACUGAUGAAUUCAUGGGGGUUCAAUGGCAGGGACGACACCAUUGCCGGAGCCAAGAUCGAGCCGCUGGAAUCUCCGAUCAAGUCCAACGUCGCGCACGAACUGACGGACCGUGGUGCGGUGGGCACAAACCAUAGCAUCGACCGGGCGCGCAUCGAUCCCUUGGGCGGCCACGGUCAAUACCAGCACCCAGCUCCUCACGCCAACAGCCAGGGCGUCGUGGGCCGCGACGACGUCUUGGCCGGUGCCAAGGUCGCGCCGCUGGAGGGCAAGCACGGCGAGACGAUUGCGAAGACCGCUGGGCUGGACGACGAAGCCGUCGAUGCGGCGAGGAUCGCCCCUAUGGGCGAGGUGCGUGAGCAGAUGCAAUAA